ACUGUGGACCCUUCGAAGGAAUUCCAAACCCCAGGGUCCAACGUCACUCUGUCCUGCUCAGCUCAGUCCAGCCCUCCUGCAGAGUUUAAAUGGGCUUUUAAUGCUGGACAAUGCUGAACACAGAGGGUCAGAAACUGAAGCUGGAGAACAUUCAGGAGAAUCAGAGUGGCAAUUAUACCUGCUGGGCCCAUAACAUCGAAACCCUGAGGUUUAAGCCUUCUGACCCCUUACUGAUCUCUGUCAUGGAGAAGAUAUCUGGCGCCAGCAUCACAGGUCCCACAGAAGUACUGAUCGCAGGUACCAGCUCUGCCAAACUGAGCUGUCAGGCAACUGCUGGAACCAUCAUCUCCAGGAAGUGGCUGAAGGAUGGGAAUCCACUGUCUCCUAGCAACAGAAUCACUUUCUCUGGUGACAACAGCUCUGUGUCCAUAGACCCUCUACAAGGCACUGACAAUGGACAAUACCAGUGCAGACUUACCAACCCUGUGAGCACCGAUUCUGUCAGCUAUAACCUUACCGUCAACUAUGGUCCAGAGGAUGUUGUCAUGCAGGGACGCAGUGAGAUAGAAGUUGGUCAUACAGUGGUGCUGACCUGUUCUGCAUCAUCUGUACCUCCUGCAACAUUCACCUGGACUCUCAAUGGGACAGAGACUGCUGUGAUAACAGAGCAGUUUACUGUGGAGAAUGCCGGCUUUAGUGACAGCGGGACUUACACCUGUGUGGCUAAGAAUUCUGUGACUGGCUCAAAUAUUUCCUCAGCUCCCCAUGUUUUAACUGUUAAAGUUUCUGCAGGACCCAACUCUGAGUCCCAACUAGGGGCAAUACUUGGGGGCACUUUCGGCGCAUUGGGGUGUGUCGCAGUGGCUGGUGGGGCUCUUGCUUACAUGAAGAAGAGAAAGAGGAGGGACAGCCCAUCCAACCAAGAUCUUCAGACCCCUGUGUAUGAAAAUACCACAGAUUUGAGUCCACCUGUUGUUUACGGGAACCUUCCUACGGGCUCAACUGAUCUGCCCUGUCCUGUUGAUUCUGAAAACAGACCUGAUUAUGAGGAAUUGCGAUUCAAAGAUACUGCUACCUACAGCAACCUGAACAGUAUUUGAAGAAUGGCAGGACUCUUGUGUGUAGAUUAAAAUGACCUUUGUCAUUCAUUUUCACAUUAGCCACAAGAUCAGCAGAGAUAUGAGCUUAUGUGUAGAAGUGUGUUUGUGUGUGUGCAUUUGUGUGAGCAAGUGUGCCUGAAUGCUUACAUUAUUCUAGGUCUUUGGUUCUUAUCCAUAAUUGUAUUGAUUUAGUGUAUUUUCAUUAUUUGGUUUGAUUAAUGAUUAAUGGAUGGAUGGCUGGAUAAACAAUACCUUAUUUAUCUUGCUGAAUGCUAAGCACGUAUUUAAUAAAUGUAAAAUUCUGGUUAUUGAAAUGUAAAUGUAAAUAAAUGUGAAGUAACAUUUUUGUUGAAUAAUACAGUCUAAAUGCCUACACUUUUUUCCGAUUCUCUUCACUAACUUUAUACCUGAGACUCAAAGGUUUUGUAACAUUUUUACUGUAACUGCUGCUAAAAAAUUUGCAGUCAAUAAAUUCUCGCCAUUCAAUUUUUA